AUGUCAUCCACCGCGAUACCCAAGGUCGUGCCGGCGCAGUUGUCGUUCCUGGCCGUGUAUAACCCCGCGCUUGGAACGAGCGACGAGACGUUCCACCAGCAGAUUGUCUUCUACUACUCGCGGGCGGCCAAGGCGCGCUCGAAGCUCAGCAAUGGAGAUACACGACGGGACGAGGAGCUACGAGAGCAGGAGAAUGAGAAGCUGCGGCAGGUCGGGCUGGCGCAGGGUAUGGUGGGAUUUGCGAAGAGCUUCUCCAAUGGCGAGGCGGUAGACUCUGUGGAAACGCAGAAGUCGCGCAUAGUGCUGCAUGAGCUCGAGGCGGGAUGGUGGAUUCUGGCCUCUAUCGACCUCACCCAGCUGCCUGCCGCCUCCCUCACGCGAACCGACUCAAGCACCAGCGUCAACGAGCCCGUCAUCGAGUACUCGUCGCGCGAAGUCGCGCCGCCUGCGCUCCUGAUCCAGCAGCUCGUGCGCGCACACUCGAUAUUCCUCCUUCACCAUGGCACGACGCUCGAGCACAUGUUCGCCAAGCACAAGCGCGACAAGUUCUGCAACAUCCUCGACAAGUACUGGUCGCGCUUCGCCGCCAACUGGGAUGUGCUUCUGCACGGGAGCCCGGCAGUGGACAUGUACAGCGGCCUGAAGCUCGCGGCCGGCGGUGAGCUGGGCAUGGGCGUGGGCGAGGAAGACUGGGGCAGCAGCGAGCGAGAUGUGCUCGAGGACUUUGCGCGCAGGACGGAAGGGCUGGUGGACGUCAUGGUGUCACGUUUCGGGGAGCCGUCGUCGCUACAGCACGCAAAGUCGUCCACAGAUCCCAAGCAUCUUGAGGCGUCCGAGUUGGAGCCGUGGAUGGGCAGUGGCAGGAGCCCGGGUGCACCCGAUGGUGUUGUCUUCUCUGGCAUGGGAGCACCAGCGCCCAAGGACCGAUCUGAGGUUGCAGCAUCAAAACGUGAAUCUGAUCUUCCGCCUGGCAUACCACCACCAAUCGUUAAAGCUGUCGAGCAGUCCUUGGACAAGGCGUCUGCUGGCGUGGACAAGGGCGAAAAGAGUUCUGGUCAGGACCAAAAGCCGCUCCUCGCCUCGUUGGGCGACACGGAAACUUGGAUGAAGUACAUGACGCUUGGCUAUGGCACAGCAUGGGGUGGUGGAAAGAAGACUGAGGAUGAAGUGCGCCCCGCAGCAAAACGGCAACCUACGCGCGAACGCUCCCCAUCACCAGCCGCUAUGCGGUACAUCGAGCCGGAACCGGAUGUUGACCUGGCAGAAGAGAAGCUCAAGAUGCAAAUCCGCCAAGAGAACGAUGGCUAUUUCCUUAUCGGACUUAAGGGUGAUAUGUACGAUGCGGAAGUGGAUGAAGAGGACGACGAUUGGAAUCAUCGUAUCCCUCUUCGCACAGUGCAUGUUGAGCUCCUUCAGAAGGAGACGACGCAUCGAGUUCGGGGACAUCGUCCUUUCAUAUAUACUUUCUUGUUCAGCCAUCGAACAAGCGCCCUGAGCAUUGCCUCGUUUUACCGCGACAUACACAACUUCUUCUCGCCCCUCCACCAAUCCCUAGACAGAAACACGUCGCCCGAAAAAGUCGCAGCGCGCCUCUUCGCCGCAUCAAACCCACACACAACCACCUCCUCAAGCCGCGGCUCCGACCCCAACACCCAGCCCAUCUACGACCUCGUCUACGACCCCCGCACCCUCACCGUGCACUCCAGCCUCCCCAACAUCCCUGACCCCGGCACCCUCAUCGCCGAAGGCCCUCAGCAGCACCAGCGCCCACGCCUCGGGCUGGAGCCGCGUCGAAGCCCUCAACGCUUGAAUGUGAUGUGUGUCCAUUUCAAGGAGAGAGAGAUACAGUUCCUGUCAAAUGGUACACUGAACUACCAUCUUCCGAUCAUAAUCACUUCUACAGUGCUUCUAUCCUACAUCUAA